AGAUCAGUAGGCAUUGGCCCCUGGCAAGUCGUAAUGGACAUUGGACCAGAACACCCUUCCACCACCUCCUUCCUUUCAAAGAAUAAUAAUAAUAACAAGAAUAAUACACACUACUUAUUUAAAUAAAUAAAUCGUUCCUUGUAUAUUUCCUAAUAAUUCUACUUUUAAUCUUCUUCCUUGACAAUUCUCCUCUACGCGUUUUUCCCGGCCGCCGGAGAAAUCAGCCAUGGCAUCUCGAAUCGUCAAACGAGUCCUCCAAAACCGCGCCGGUAACAUCUUCUCAGCCGGCGGCGCGUUUCCUUCAAUUCAGCGAUCUUUCUCCUCUUCGUCGGAUCUCAUCACCGCCACUCUUUUCCCCGGCGACGGUAUCGGCCCCGAAAUCGCCGAGUCCGUUAAACAGGUAUUUAGAAUUGCCGAGGUGCCAAUUCAAUGGGAAGAGCACUUUGUGGGAACAGAAGUAGAUCCCAGAACUCAGAGUUUUCUGACAUGGGAAAGUCUAGAAUCAGUUAGAAGGAAUAAGAUUGGUUUGAAAGGACCAAUGGCUACUCCCAUUGGGAAAGGGCAUCGUUCUUUGAACCUUACGUUGAGGAAAGAGCUUAACCUUUAUGCUAAUGUUAGGCCUUGCUACAGUCUCCCUGGCUACAAGACUCGUUAUGAUGAUGUAGACCUCGUCACCAUACGUGAAAACACUGAAGGAGAGUACAGUGGUCUCGAACAUCAGGUCGUGAGAGGGGUAGUAGAAAGUAUCAAGAUUAUUACUCGUCAGGCAAGUUUGAGGGUGGCCGAGUAUGCUUUUCACUAUGCCAAGGCUCAUGGAAGAGAGAGGGUGUCUGCAAUACACAAAGCAAACAUUAUGCAGAAAACUGAUGGUCUUUUUCUCAAGUGUUGUCGGGAGGUUGCAGAGAAAUACCCUGAAAUAAAAUACGAGGAAGUUGUCAUUGACAAUUGCUGUAUGAUGCUUGUCAAGAAUCCAGCUCUUUUUGAUGUCCUGGUGAUGCCUAACCUCUAUGGAGAUAUUAUUAGUGACUUGUGUGCUGGUCUCAUUGGAGGCCUGGGACUAACACCAAGCUGCAACAUUGGCGAGGGAGGUGUUGCUCUUGCAGAGGCUGUACAUGGUUCUGCACCUGAUAUAGCCGGGAAGAACAAGGCAAAUCCUACUGCACUGCUUUUGAGUUCUGUUUCGAUGUUGCGCCAUCUUGAACUUCAUGACAAAGCUGAUCGGAUUCAAAAUGCCAUUCUCGACACAAUUGCUGAAGGGAAAUACCGAACUGCUGACCUAGGCGGCUCUUCCUCAACAAGCGAUUUUACAAAAGCAAUAUGUGAUCAUCUUUAAAGAUUGGAGUCUGCUUAUAGUUUAAAUUUUUGCAGAAGGGGCUGCCAAGAUAUUGGUACUUUGUGAUUCAUUUUUUGUAGAUGUUUUUGCUUCAUUUAUAUUUUCGACGGGAAUAAGACACAUCAUUGUGAGUGUUUACAGCAAGUUAUAUCUUCAUUUGACGUGCCCCAAAACGGAGAGACUCACUUGUUACUGGUGAUGAAUUAAAGUUAUUUGGGACAUCUCACUCGUUGACUUCCACUCCAACUUGUGGAAAAACUGUUACAUAUUUGGCAAAGGGAUACUCUCUGUAUUACGCACGGUCUGUAAAUCAUGCAUGAAAAAGAACCGGAAUCCAUGAUGGAUGGGCAUAAUUUAUUUACUCAA